AAAGAAUCUCAACCGCCGCUCAUCGCUAAUGCUUAUCCUUUUCACUACUUCCCAUUCACGCCAGGCGCUUGUGAAGCAGGGAGCACGUUGCACUCUCUAAUCUUACCUUUCCGUUUUCAUCUACAGAAGGCUGUUUGAAAUCUUCCGAUUGCGACACGAGAUACCCUCGGUACGAUUGCGCCUUUGGUAACUACCAAACCUCAUCCUAACGAGCUCGAGCUUCGGGGGCUUGUAUUUCUACAGGCAGGCGAAAGUACUGAGGCCAUAGAUCCAGACACGUACAUAACGGUACAUGAACCCUUAUUGUCUUCACUAUUCUGAGCGCAACACCUCGACCACCGGCGGAAGUAAAAACACGUGUAGCAAAACUAUCGAAAGUUUUCGUCAGCGCCUCACGCAACUACACAAUGUCUAACCCGCCCAGCAAUUUCCUUAAUGAGGACUUCGGAUCCGAAGAGGAAGAUGAUGACUUUAAUCCCGCCCCCGUCGAGGAUUCCGAUGAUGACCGGCCGAAGAAGAAACGGGGGGCAACACCUAACGAUGAUGUGGCGAGGGAUGAUAGGUCUAGGGUAGGGGGAGGGGGCGACGAGGAAGACCAAGAAGAAAAUGAAUCUUUGCGGAGAAAAGAGAAGGCUGAGAAUAGCGAGAAUGGAGAGGGAGAGGAUUAUGGGGACGUGGAUGAGAGUGGUGGGGAAAGGGAUGCUGGAGGUUCGGAAGAAGAGGAGGACGAAGAAGAUGACGAUGAUGACGAGGAUGAGCAGGCUGUUUCGGGUCGACCACGGAAACGUAGACGGCGGGGAAUCAAUGCCUUCCUUGAGGUUGAAGCUGAAGUUGACGAAGAAGAUGAUGCUGAAGAAGACGAGGAGGAGAUGGGUGAUGGAUUCGUCGCAGAGCACCCUGACGAUCUCGACGCUUUACCCGUUGGCGCGGAGACUGAUGAUCGAAGACAUCGCGAGCUGGAUCGGAAGCGAGAUCUAGAGGCUACAAUGGAUGCUGAGAAACAAGCACAGGCCCUUAAAGAACGGUACGGCCGGAACCGAGCUGUGGCAGCAGAUCUGGUCGUUGUGCCGAAGCGAUUACUGCUACCGAGUGUUGAUGAUCCGAGUAUAUGGGCCGUCAAAUGUCGCCCUGGCAAGGAAAGGGAGAUUGUUUUUAACAUUAUGAAGAGAAUCGAGGACCGUCCACCGGACUCCAGGAGGCCGAUUCGGAUCAUGUCUGCGUUCGAGCGGGGCGGAACUAUGAGUGGAUAUAUCUAUGUUGAAGCCCGCAAGCAGGCCGACGUCCUCGAUGCCCUGAACGAUAUGUCGAAUGUAUAUACCAAGUCGAAGAUGAUAUUGAUCUCCGUGAAGGAAAUGCCCGAUCUACUCAGGGUAACCAAAUCGGAACAGCUAAUCCCUGGUGGUUGGGUACGCAUCAAGCGAGGGAAGUACCAGGGCGACUUGGCGCAGCUCGAAGAUGUCGAGACGAACGGACUGGACGUUACUGUCAGGCUUGUUCCUCGUCUGGACUACGGUUUAAACGAAGAUAUGGGCGCACCUAAUGGUGAUGUGAAACGGAAGAGACCAGGUGCUAAUAGUGCCAUUGCUCGCCCGCCGCAACGACCAUUCAGCGAAGCAGAGGCUAAGAAAAAGCAUGCAAGGUAUCUGAGUGCUACCUCUGGGCUUGGAGGGAAGACUUGGAAUUACCUUGGCGAUAAUUACGUUGACGGGUUCCUUAUCAAAGAUAUGAAAGUGCAGCAUCUAAUUACAAAAAAUGUCAACCCACAACUUGAUGAGGUUACCAAGUUCGCCCGUGGUGCCGAUGAUGGCACUGCGAAUCUUGAUCUUGCUGCUUUGGCUGCGAGUCUUAAAAAUACGACUACUGAAGACUCAUAUCUCCCUGGGGAUACUGUUGAGGUUUUCCAAGGCGAGCAGCAAGGUGUGGUUGGCCGGACGGUAUCCACCCGCGGGGAUAUUGUCUCCAUUAAGGUUACGCAAGGCGAACUUGAAGGACAGCAGAUAGAUGUGCCUAUCAAGGGCCUCAGGAAACGCUUCCAAGAAGGUGAUCAUGUUAAAGUCAUUGGCGGCAGUCGAUUCCGUGACGAGUUGGGUAUGGUGGUUCGCAUUAAGGAUGACCGGGUUACUUUGCUCAGCGACAUGAGUAUGCAGGAAAUCACGGUGUUCAGCAAGGAUAUUCGAGAAGCUGCGGAUGCUGGUGUUGAUGGGAAACUUGGCAUGUAUGAUGUUCAUGAUCUCGUGCAGCUUGACCAAGCAACUGUCGGUUGUAUUAUCAAGCUAGAUCGAGAAUCGAUGCGGGUCCUUGAUCAAAACGGAUCAGUUAGAACUGUACUGCCGUCCCAAGUCAUGAAUAAAAUCCUCCAGCGUCGCAAUGCCGUCUCCACAGAUCGUAAUGGCUCGGAGAUCAGAAGCGGCGAUACAGUCCGUGAAGUUACCGGAGAACAACGAACAGGCGCCAUUAUCCACAUCCACCGUUCAUUCCUUUUCCUUAACAACAAAGACGCAAGCGACAACGCGGGUAUCAUUGUUACACGAGCGUCGAAUGUUACUACGGUCGCAACCAGCGGCGGGAGAUUAGCCAGCCGGUCUGCUCCCGAUUUCUCGAGGAUGAACCCAGCAAUCCAGAAAAAUGGAAUGAAUGGCAGCGGAAUGCCACCACCGAAGUCGUUUGGUAGGGAUCGGACUAUUGGCAAGACUGUUACGAUUCGAAAAGGCCCCUUCAAGGGCCUGUUGGGUAUUGUUAAAGAUACGACUGAUGCUCAAGCGCGGGUUGAGUUGCAUUCGAAGAAUAAGGUGAUUACGGUGGACAAGGAUAUGCUCGCCAUAAAAGAUCCUAUCACUGGUGCUUCAAUUGAUCUCUCCCGAUACGGCGGUAGAGGCGGUGGUGGAGCCGGGCGGGGCCGAAUCCCUUACGGCAGCUCUGCAGCUCCCCCCGACUGGUCAGGAAGUCGCACACCUCUGGCUGCAAAUGACGCCUCACGCACUCCUGCAUGGCGGUCUUCUUCCUCACGAACACCAGCCUGGGGCUCUGCAACAGCAAGCGGCUCUCGCACCCCGGCAUGGAAAGCGGACGGUUCCCGUACUUCAAACCCAUACGACGGCAGCCGAACCGCAUAUGGCGGUACCACAUUUGGCGGCGGCCGCACCCCUGCCUGGACUUCCGGAACAAAGACCCCCUAUGACUCCAGCUCUGGUUUCGGCGGCUCCUCGACUUCGGGCUUCGAUGCUUUCGCCGCUGGCUCCCGAACACCGGCGUAUCCUGGCGGUGGCUCGCGGACCCCUGCAUGGGCGCCCGGAUCCGCAGCGCCUCCACCUAUCGGACAUAGUAGCGGAAGUAAAAGCAGCUACGAUGCCCCAACCCCCAGCACGGAUUACUCCGCACCCACACCUGGCCCCUACGGUGGCGCCCCGACACCUGGUGCCACUGCUGCAACACCACAUGGUUGGGCAGACAAUGCACCCACGCCUGGUGCGAUCCAUGCGCCGACGCCGGAUGCUUCAGGUUAUUCUGCCAAACGCACCGGCGAGCUGUACGAUGCUCCAACCCCUGCUGCCAUCGGAGGUGGGAGACCGUACGAUGCUCCUACUCCAGCGAUGGGGGCGGGUAUUCCAGCUACACCUAGCGCGGGUGAUGAUGGCGGACCUAGAUACGAAGAAUGCACUCCGAGCCCGUGAUUGUGAUAUGGCUAGUCCAAGUGUGCUUCGGGACUUUGGUGUUUCUUGGACUUUUUUUCGGAGAUGAGUGUGUGAUCAGUUGGAUUUGUUGCUUUUCCAUGUCACGUAGCUUUCACUUGUGGUUUUACGGCGUCGUUUCGGGCGUCUACUUUCUUAUUUUGUAGUUAGCACUUUUUCCGUUUCCCUCGUCGCCAUAGCAUGGAAUUAAGGUAUACCGGGCUAUUUUGCUUCUCCUCCUUAUUCUCCUUUUUCCUUUUAGCGUUCGUUCGCCUUUUUAUCUAUUUCGUCUUCUUCUGCUGGUGUGCUGCCAAUAAAAGGGCCAGCUUCCUGGGUUUGAUUCUCGCGAAGGUGAGGGAGAAAAAAAAGGGAAAUUUUGAUUAAAAUCUAGUUAAUUUUAGAUUGUCUCUAUUAUCUCUUCUGUUUUCUAUAUUAUUUCUCCUGCGUGGUUAUAUUCGAACGUCGGGGGGAAAUGUUGUAUAUCUCUCUGAUAAGAUGUUUGCUCAGUUUGCUAUUCAAUCUGAAAGCUUGCUACUGAUCUCCAGCACCCGUCAGAGCUCUAAAGAACCUCGUAGAAAUAC